CUUGUCCAAUCAAAAGAGAAAUGCCAGAUGUAAGUGGUAAUCACGUGAGCAAAGUCAAAUUUAUGCUUUCUUUAAAUAUUCCUCGCUUUUCUAUUCCAUUCUCAGUUCUUGUAAGGACAGAAGAGUAGUAGGAGUCGUUGCGCGGUGCUAUCAAAUUAUCUCUAAAUCUCAGCAAAUAUUAUUAGUGAUAUUAGAUUAUUUUCAUUACAUUUAAGUUGUUUAUAUAUAUUUCUAUUGAUACAAUUCAUCAUAUAUUCCAUUGUAAUACUAAUUAUUAUUGUAACAAUUUUAUUUGGACUAAACUAUGGAAUAGCAGAAUACUUUUUAAAUAAGUUACGUAUGUUUAACAUGAUCAACGGAAUUCCUGGACCAAAAGCAUUUCCAAUAAUUGGAAUUAUUGGAAAUGCUCAUCUGUUUAUUGGCGACACAACAGCUCUAUUCAAACAAAUACUAAAUCUUGGUAAUAAUUGUCAAUUAUCAUAUAUGGACGUAUUUGUUAAUCAUUCUAUCGCAUUAAUGGAAAAAUUAGAAACUUUUGUUGGAGAAGAAUUAGAAGUUUUUGAUUAUGUCCUUCGCUGUACUUUGAAUAUAAUAUAUGAUGCCACGCUGGAUACGCAAAUAAAUUCGCUGACAAAUCCGGAUUGUAAAUUAACUGGAUCAAUAAAAUGUUUGAUGGAUAUAGCAAUACAAAGGGUCUGUAAAUUAUGGUUACAUCCGAAUAUAAUUUUUUAUAACAUUACUAGAGGAAAGAAAUUUCAUGCCAGCUUGGCUUACCGGGAUAACAUAACAAACAAGAUAAUCAAAGAAAAAAUGGAAUCUAUGUUAAGAAGUAAAAUUAAUCGAGAAUUGACAGCGGAAAAAUUAGGACAAAAACGGAAGAUACUUUCCGAUUUUUUAUUCGAGUUAUCGCACGAAGGAAAAGUAUAUACGGAGGAAGAUACCCGCGAUAAAAUGAAUACAAUAAUGAUAGCUGGAAGCGAAACUUCAGCCAUAAUCAUUAGCUUUGUCCUCUUAAUGUUUGCUACAUUCACGGAAAUUCAAAUACAAUCUGGAGUUCAUUGACACAUCUGCUUUUACACUUGGGACGACAACGACCACCGAGGAGCUACAAAGCCAAGGUCAGGAACGACAAUGAAACCAGUGUAAGUGUCGAAUGUGAACAAGCAAUGCUAGCAGAAGGAAGCGAUGCGAAUCCGACGCCAACCGCAAGGACAUCGAUAAAAUACUUUUGUGUAAAAAACUACAAUUGCUUAUAGUCGACACGAAAACGAGCGAGAACGACUCAUCCAAGAACGCGCGUGCAUGCGUGGCGCGUGCACAUUACGCGCCUAGCGACUAGACACUGCAGGCGAGCCCGCAGCAGAAAACACUUUAUUGACAGGACUUUAUCAUCCGCAGUCGUGUAGAUAAAUUCCUCGCAGCCGUUAUCAUGAGUUCAUUGCAGUCAGUCGUUAAGAUCACUUCGUUGCAGUCAGUCGUUAAGCACAGUUCUUUACAAUUAGCAAUUAAGAUACUUAAGACUUAUAAUCUUGUUAUACAUUGUAAAUUUCCAUUACCGAUUUUAUAUCAAAUAAAUCAAUUCGUAAAAGAGAA